GCGGAGCGGACCGGCCGGCAACGUUGCCCGGGUGAUGACAGUUGCCCGCCGGUGGGGAAGUGGCUGCGCUGCCGGCCAUUGUUGUCCGCGAGGACGCCGAGUCUUCAAUGCGUUCACGAUGCGGCCGUGAGACGUUCACCGAAGGCGACCAGCUCGGCUUUGUUUAUUGCGGUGACUCCAAGCCCGAGGCCUACGGCAGCGAGCGGGCGGGGCCCACUGGAUGGCUGAGAUGAACGGCUCCAGGAAGCACAUCUCCAUUAGCGUCCCCGACCAGCCCGACACCAUGUCCCCGCACAUCAAGUCGGCCGAUGAGCUGCGGGUGAUCGGCUUCAACCUGAGCGACUUCUCCAGGCCCAUGCAGUUUGUCAUCUGCGUGGUCGGGGUCUUCGUUUUCUAUCUCGUCUAUGGAUAUAUGCAGGAGCUCAUUUUCUCACUGGAAGGUUUCAAACCCUUCGGUUGGUACCUAACUCUGGUGCAGUUUGCUUUCUAUUCCACGUUCGGACUGAUCGAGCUUCAAUUUACGCAGGACAAGAGGAAGAGAAUCCCUUGGAAAACGUAUAUGCUCAUAGCAUUUCUAACAGUGGGAACGAUGGGUUUGUCAAAUACUUCGCUGGGUUAUCUGAAUUAUCCAACUCAAAUAAUCUUUAAAUGCUGCAAGCUGAUUCCUGUAAUGAUAGGAGGAGUCUUCAUACAAGGAAAACGCUACAAUUUUACAGAUAUAUCUGCUGCGCUUUGCAUGAGUUUUGGCCUGAUUUGGUUCACUUUGGCUGAUACCAAAGUGACACCUAACUUCAAUUUCGUAGGAAUAACACUUAUCUCAAUGGCACUCUGUGCAGAUGCAGCUAUUGGAAAUGUACAAGAGAAAGCAAUGAAAUUGCACAAUGGUUCAAAUUCAGAAAUGGUUUUAUAUUCCUAUUCAAUAGGUUUUGUGUAUAUAUUAAUGGGUUUGUUUUGUACCCGUGGACUGAGCCCUGCAUUUGUCUUUUGUUCUCAGCAUCCAAUGCAGACCUAUGGAUAUGCAUUUAUGCUUUCAUUGACGGGAUAUUUUGGAAUUUCCUUCGUACUAGCCUUGAUAAAGCUUUUCGGUGCACUAGUUGCUGUAACAGUAACCACUGGAAGAAAAGCAAUGACAAUGUGCCUUUCAUUUCUCAUCUUUUCCAAGCCUUUUACCUUUCACUAUAUAUGGUCAGGUCUUCUGGUCCUAAUUGGAAUCCUCCUGAAUAUUUACAGCAAAAAUAAGGACAGAAUUAGGCUGCCUUCACUGUGUAACGUUUGGAAUAUAAUUCAGAAAAAACAAACAAGCUCACUGUCCCAGAUGGUGUAGAUCCUAUACUGGUUUUCACUUCUGACAUGAUUGAGCAAAGCCGUCACUGGGUGGCCUUGACAGGACAUUCUGCAGAAGUGCACUUGUGAUGUAUGCCCAUUACUAAUACAACCGAUGAUGUUAGUUGGAUGAUAAAACAGACUUAAUCAAUCGUACGAAUUGUACACAUGUGGUAAAGGGAACAAUGCAAGGUUUGGACAAUGUUUACCAUAAAUAUCACAAUGAUUGUUUGCUAAUAAUGUGUACAAAAUUCCAGAUUUAUAAAUUGCAAUUCUCUCACUUGCUCCCUCUGUACUUUGUUCUUCAUUUGAAUUCUGAGCAGUGGCCUGUGGUUUUUAAGAUUUGUAAAUGAAUCAAAUAUGUGUUUUGCUUUAGAUUUUCUUCAAUGGAAAUUACAAACUGGGAUCAAUUAUGGCUAAA